AUGAAGAGAAAGUUGGACCAUGGCUCCGAGGUCCGUUCUUUCUCUCUGGGAAAGAAACCCUGCAAAGUCUCAGAAUACACAAGUACUACGGGGCUGGUGCCAUGCUCUGCCACACCUACUACUUUUGGGGACCUGAGGGCGGCCAAUGGGCAGGGACAGCAACGUCGCCGCAUUACAUCUGUGCAGCCACCAACGGGCCUUCAGGAAUGGCUGAAAAUGUUUCAGAGCUGGAGUGGACCAGAGAAAUUACUUGCUCUAGAUGAACUCAUUGAUAGUUGUGAACCAACACAAGUCAAACACAUGAUGCAAGUGAUAGAGCCCCAGUUUCAAAGAGACUUCAUUUCCUUGCUCCCAAAAGAGCUGGCACUGUAUGUGCUGUCAUUCCUGGAACCCAGGGACCUUCUGCAGGCAGCCCAGACAUGUCGUUACUGGAGAAUUCUGGCUGAAGAUAAUCUUCUCUGGAGAGAGAAAUGCAAAGAGGAGGGGAUUGAUGAACCAUUACAUAUCAAGAGGAGGAAAGUAAUAAAACCAGGCUUUAUACACAGUCCAUGGAAAAGCGCCUACAUUAGACAACACAGGAUUGAUACCAACUGGCGGCGAGGAGAACUUAAAUCGCCUAAGGUGCUCAAAGGCCACGAUGACCACGUGAUCACCUGCCUUCAGUUCUGCGGGAACCGCAUCGUGAGCGGCUCGGACGACAACACGCUCAAAGUGUGGUCGGCGGUCACAGGCAAGUGUUUGAGAACACUGGUUGGGCACACGGGCGGAGUCUGGUCAUCGCAGAUGAGGGACAACAUCAUCAUCAGUGGAUCUACAGACCGAACGUUGAAAGUCUGGAAUGCUGAGACUGGGGAAUGCAUCCACACUUUGUACGGCCACACCUCCACCGUGCGCUGCAUGCACCUCCACGAGAAGAGGUGA